CUUACCAAUUUCCCUCUCACCCCAAACAUUAAAAUUUUCUCUGCCCUAAUUACUCUCUGCUUGAAAAUCUCUUAAAUCAGAAAUUUUCACCACCCAUUUAACCAAACAAUAUGAAGAAGAAAUCUGCUGUAUUUUUGGCAUUCGUUGCAGCAGCUUCAAUCUCUACUAGUAGUUCCACGUCUUCAUCAAAAGUUCGAAUUUCUCGUAAUCAGGAUAAUAGUUGGAAGAAAAAGGAAGAAAGUUCUUCAACGCCUAAGACAGUGCAGCCAUCAUCAGAUAAAUUUGCACCGAGGUUUGAUGGAUUAAAGUUCAUAGAAACUCUGGUCACCGCUCACAGAUAAGUUUGAUUUUGGAGAAUUAGUGAGCUCAUUUGGAUAGAUUGUUAGGAUAUAAAAGAGAAAUAGAGAAUUGUGUAAUACCCAUUGUUUCCCUCUUUAAUUCUUUGACAUUUUAUUGGGUAUAGUAUUUGCUCAAUUAGAGAAUUAUAGGCUCCAAAAAAAAGAGGAGAAUUGUGGACUCAUUUAAGAGUUCUAUUUUUUUUUUUUUGAUUAAUAUUAGAAUCCAGAAGUAUUUACUUAGUUGGUUUUUUUUUUCUCUUUUAUUGGGUCAGAGAGUUGAUUUGUGAAUUGGUCAUUAUUUGGGUGAAUGGAUUUUUAUUAGCUGUUUCUUUA